CGUUCAUUUUCUUGAUUUAAUUCAACGGCUUACGUUUUGUUAAAAAUGAAAGUGUAAAAGUUCAAUCAUUGAUUAUUUUUAUUAUGCUUUUCAAUAAAGACCGGUUUAUGUAUAAUUGGCCUUCAUAAGUUUACGAUUCCCUGAAUCGUGAGCCGCAUAAUGCCUAAAUAAUUACUUAAGUUUUUCCAAUUUUCUCAAGAGUUUUCUGGCGAAGUUGAACGUUUGUUACAAGCUUUAAGCUGUUUUUGUUGCAAAUAGAAAAUUCGUUUGGCCCUUAAAAUUCCUCGAACUUUAGUUGGAGAGCCGCAAGUCAGAGAUCUGCGUUUAUUUAGAGAAUUUUUUUCAUGUAACGCGAACCCGUACUUUGGUGUUGUUAAUUAUUGCUCAAUUUUGGGGAAGUAUAAAAAAUCUUCCAAAUGAAAUUCGGCGAUUAAAAAGAGAAUGGAAACUACGCCUCACUCUUUUCUCUUUCGAUUCGUCGGAUAUUGACUCAACAUUUAGCUCAUCAUUUCAAAUAGUAACUACAUGUUCUAUUUGACUAAUGAAGUACGAGAAAUGUUACUAUGUUUGAAUUGGACUUUCAUGUGACUUAUCAAACGAUUAUGGUACGAGAGUUAAUAGUACGAGUUUCUGUUUGUGAAUCUUGGCGUACGUAGUGGAGCUCAAUUAGCCUAACGAACCAUUGUCUUUGGUAAAACUCAUUUUGUUCGCAAAUGUCAGCGUUAUUAUCAACUUAGAGGAGUUUCGAAUUUUAUCUGGCGACAUUUGUUUGUUUGGCACAACCCCGGAAGUACUAAAGGUUGAAAAAAUCCAAACAAAAAGCAAAAUCAUUAUUUUGGCUCCUGUCGACGAUUCAGUAUCAAUCCAAUUUUUGGUCAAAUUGGUGCCAACCAUGACUCGUGUUGGUUUCGUUAUAACAUUUGUGUGGUGCUUCGCGUCAUCAGCUUCCUUCGUACACCAUAACUGUCUCACGGAUCAUCAUUCAAAUUGUAUCUUCCGUGACAAUCCCGUAGUUCCAUCCGCAGUGCAAUUGGGGCCACGUCCGUUCUAUCUCUUAAAUGACAUGGAAGAAAGUCCUCUUAAGGACACGUUAACGGAAUGCGCGCAGAGCAAACUUUUCUACAAACGUAGCGAGGAGACUCUUGGUCACAGAGGAGCGGCGUUGUUCUUUCCAGAACAUUCCAAGCAGAGCUACGUAGCAGCUGCGAGUAUGGGAGCAGGCGUGAUCGAGUGUGAUGUGACGUUCACGAAAGACAAAGAAUUGGUAUGCAGGCACUCGCAAUGUGAUUUACACACGACUACCGACAUUCUUCUCAGAAGUGAUCUGGCGCAUCUAUGUACUCAGCAGUUUGUGCCUGCAGUAUUCGACCCAGCUGGUAAUCGGGAAUCGCAAGCAAGUGCCAAAUGCUGCACCAGUGAUAUAAAUCUGGAGCAGUUUAAGUCCCUGAAAGCCAAAAUGGACGGAGCUGAUCCUAAUGCGACAACAGUUGAGGAUUACGUUGCAGGGGGAGUUCCAACAUGGAGAACCGAUUUGUUUGCAGCAAACGGAACUGUAAUGACUCACACUGAUUCAAUCGAACUGUUCAAGGCUAUGGGAGUGAAAAUGAUCCCGGAGCUGAAGCAGCCUAUGGUUCCGAUGCCGUUUGAUGGUUUCACAGUUGAGGCCUUCGCCCAGAAAAUUGUAGACGAUUACAAGCAACAUGGAGUAGACGCAAGUCAAGUAUACCUUCAGUCUAUGUUGUUGGAAGCUAUAAAGUUCUGGGUUAUUUAUGAAACUGACUUUGGAGAUAAUGCAUUGUACUUGUGGGAACCAGAAGAUGCCAGCGAAGACUUUCGUGAUCCAGCAACGUGGCCUAAUUUUUCAGAAUUAGCGUCCCAAGGCGUGAAAACCUUAGCACCGCCCAUGUACAUGUUAAUUGAUCUGAAAAAUAAAUCCAAAUUGAUAGUUUCUGAUUUUGCAAUAGCGGCUAAGCAAGUUGGUCUUGUCCUCAAGUCGUGGACUUUGGAGAGGUCUGGUUCCUUGUACUACGGAGGAGGUUCAUAUUACCAGACAGUUAACGGGGACGAGCCGGCGAAUAGACAGAAAGUUGACGGUGUAAUUCAUCGAGACGGAGACGUUUUCACGAUUCUGGAUUUUCUAUUUCAAGCUGUGGGAAUUGCAGCCAUAUUUACAGACUGGGCGUCUACUGUAGUUUUUUACACAAACUGUAUUUUGUAAAUAGUUUCUUAAAUAAAAUUAGUUAAUUUAGAUUAAUAUUGUAAAUAUCAAGUUAUUAUAAACCUCGUCUUGCUCAAAAAGAUUAGAAUGACGGACCAAAAAAAAUUCGAUUAACUUUACUCAUUAAAUAUAUUUUUUACCAUGCUCAGGCAUUGUAUUAAAUUUAG